AUGCAGUAUGUGGUACCGGCCUUUGCCCACCGUCUAGCCAUCGACACGCCGUCACAGAACGAACUCAGCCGAGUUAAUACUCACCUGAAGCAGGAGGUGAAGAAGAUCAUGCAUCUCCACCCGAGUACCACCGACAGCCUGCUCUACACCCGGAAAAAAGGACGGAGGACUUGGUUUUCCCCAUCUGGUGCAGCAGGCCCGGCUGUGCGGACUUCGAGCUGCGACCGCACUUCUGGCCAUGGAGGACCCCCUGCUUCAGGAGCUGGGACGGCGUGGCGGCUGGCCGGCCUACGUGGAGAGGCUUGCCGGGCAACUCCGGUUCCCAUAUCCUCCGACACCCAAAGACCUGAUUACGGCCAAGCAGGAAUGGAAGGACGAAGAGUUCCGGAGGUGGACGACUCAGCAUGCCCACGGACGGCGAUAAACCGAACAGCCAAAAAUAACGUCACCUUGUGCCGGCGGUGCUGUCUAAAACCGGAAACUCUGGGACACGUCAUCGGUGAGUGUUCAGCGGGACAGCGAGCGAGGAUAGACACAACUGAAUCGUGGGAGCCAUCGAAGAGAACUGUAAGAAGAAAGGAUGGACCGUGGCCAGGGCAGCAGCAACAGUUCAACGUCGGGGAGGAUCGCCUGAGGCCGGAUCUCGUGGUCAACCAGCGAGACCGUGUCCUCAUCGUCGAUGUCACCCUCCCCUACGAGAACGGCGCGUCACUGUCCGCAGCGGCCCUGAAGAAAGUGACAACUUACCAGCCGUUGCCACGACGGGAGGUCAUCCCCGUGGUCGUCGGAACCCGUGGAGCCCUCCCUCAAGCCACCGUCACCGGGCUGAAGAAGCUGGGCAUCACCAAGAGACGGACGCUGAUGGACUUCACCCUGAUGGCCAUCAGGAUAUCGAUCGAUAUCUGCAGAGGGCAUCUGGACUACGGCUGA